AUGGAGGAUUGGGAAAAUGCACACGAGGAAGUGAAGGAAGAAAUUAGCCAAGUGAAGGGUGAAAUCAACCAAAUAAAGGAUCAAAUGGGCCAGAUCUUGGAGGCAUUGAGGACUAUGAAGAGUUUAGGAGAAAGUUCAGCAGUUGACGGUGGUACUUCCUACCCUCCAGGCUUUCAUCCUCAUGUAUCAAGUGGACCUCUGGUUUACCUACCACAUCAUCAAGUGAGUCAAGGGACAUCAUCUCAAGCUUUUCCACCUUAUGGCUUACCCCCGGGUUACACACCUCCAAUGGCAGAGUAUGUAGAGCAAGUUAAGAAUCCGUUUUCUGGUGGUAAUACAAGCAUACCUGUUUCAUCACCUAAUGAGCAGUUCCAAGUGUUAACUGGGAUGGCUGAUUUUAGGAACCAGGUACGCCCAAGAGAAGGUGUGGUUGGAAUCACAACCUAUACAGAUUCUAAUGUAUCGAUUCCACCACAUGUUUCGACUGUAAGUGUGGGUUUACAAGAAAAGACACUAGCUCAGGUGAUUUCAUCGACUGAAAAUAACAAGGGAAAGUUAGAGAUAUUGAAGGAGAGACUACGGGCUAUUGAAGGGAAUAAAAGUUAUGGAUUCAGUGAUGUUAUAGGCUUAUCUUUGGUCCCUGACGUGGUGAUACCCCCUAAGUUCAAAGUGCUUGAGUUCGAGAAAUAUAGGGGGACUACGUGUCCAAAAAGCCAAAUAACAAUGAACUGUCGAAAGAUGGCUGGCCAUACUCAUGAUGAGAAAUUGUUUAUCCACUUUUUCCAAGAUAGCCUAGCUGGGGCAGCGCUGAAUUGGUAUAUGCAUCUUGAGCCAACUCAUAUUCAUUCUUGGGUGGAUCUAGCUGAUGCUUUCAUAAAGCAAUAUAAAUUUAAUAUGGAUACAACAUCAGAUAGAAUACAAUUGCAAAAUAUGACAAUAAAGAAAAAUGAAACUUUCAAAGAGUAUGCUCAGCGUUGGAGAGAGAUAGCUACCCAGGUUGAGCCACCACUAUAUGAUAAGGAGAUGGUUACAAUGUUUGUGAAUACAUUACAGCCGCCAUUUUAUGAGCAUAUGAUUGGGAAUUGGAAUAUAUCUUCUAAUUUUGUGGACAUCAUCAUCAUUGGUGAAAGGAUUGAGUCUGGGAUAAAAAAUGGUAAAAUUGCAUAUGGCCCGCCCGCGGCUGCAAAUACCAAAAAACCAGGUUUCAAUCAAAGUAAGAAAAAAGAAGUUGAAGUUCAUGCCGCAUUUGCAUGGGAUAACCAUACACCUGUUAAUUACCAAAUACAGCCUGUUUCAAACAAUCAGUUGCAACCUCAGAAAGCGAUUGCUAGUCAAUGUACCAAUACAAGAAGGGAGAGGAAGUUUAUUCAUUUUACUCCCAUUCCUAUGACAUACACAGAGUUGUUACCGAUGCUUUUUUGUAAAUCUUUUGUUGCAAUUUGCCCAAUGAAGCCACAACAACCUCCUUUUUCCACGAGUUAUGAUCCAAAUGCUACAUGCGACUACCAUGGAGGGGUAAAGGGGCAUUCGACAGAAAGGUGUUUUCCUCUCAAAUAUAAGGUACAAUCUUUGAUUGAUGCGGGGUGGUUGACAUUCAAAGAAGAUAAACCUAGUAUUGAAAAUAACCCUUUGUCGGGGCAUGAGAAGACUUCAGCAAAUGCUAUUGAGGUCAGGGAGAAAAGGUUGGUAAGAAAAGUGAGUGAAAUUCGAAGCUCUAUGAAAUUCAUUCUUGAAGCACUAUUAGAGAUGGGGCUAGUAAAAGGUGAAUAUGAUAUGAGUAAUGCAUCUGCAUUCCAUCCGGGUGCCAAACAUUCUAUUAAUGAUUGUGUGGAGUUCAAGUUAGAGUUGCAAAAGCUAGUUGAUAAGCAUUUCCUACAAGUUUUUCAUGGAAAGAAGGAUGAGGAGGUAUUGGUACAAACUGAUGAACAGUCCAAUUUAACCACGCCAGAAUCUUUAGUGAUUCAUUUCACUAGACCUGCACCUUCUUUCAUGGAACAAGGAAGGCAAUCCAUAGUGAUAAAAACGCCCUACUCUUUUCCUUAUGAAAGUGAUAGAGUUGUUCCAUGGAAGUAUGGAGUACAUGAAUUAGGUGAGGGACAACAAGUUGAAAACACUUAUGUGCAUGAAGGUCCAAUUAUUGAAAAUAUAUCAGGUCUUGGUGGGAUAACAAGGAGUGGUCGUUUCUUUACACCACUGGAUCUAAGGAAGGAAGCAUGCCAUAGAAGUAAAGUAAAUGAUGGAAUUGAAAAAGCAAAAGAGAUAUUAAGAGAAAAGACGAUACAAGAUGAGGAAGAAUGCAGAAAAGAUAAACAAAAAGAAAUAUCAGAUGAAGAGGCCGGUGAAUUUUUGAAAUUCAUACAACAAAGUGAAUACAAGGUGGUGGAGUAG